UGAGCGUCUUUCCGAAAACGAGGCCUAGCAGCUGGGAAAAGAAUGACAAACAGAAACGUAGUAAUGAGUGCCUAUCAGACCACAAAACAUUGACAUUGAAUUAUAUCAAACUACGAUGUGAGUCCAAAGGAUAACGCAGUUGUUGGGGAGGCGGCAGACUCCACUGAUGGACAGUUAGACAAAAUUUUGUGGAGCAACUGUUGGUGUAAAAAGAUAAAAAGACGAAACCUGGAAUAAUAACAUUCUCUUUGUUGUUCAGCCUACUUCUCUUUCAGGUGCUGAACUCGAGAGGUAGGGCUUACUCUAUUGGCUGUUGUUAUUGGUGAACUUUCGUGUUGGACCAUCUGAAGUCGACGAAGCAUUGUCUUUUGGACUUUUUUUAAACGGCAAUAACGGAUAACGUACGUGCGCUGGAUGCCUAGCCUGGUCUAUUCACAGUGUAUUGCUUUUGGAUGAAUCAUUUUUCCAGAAUCAUCUUUUUUUGAUGAAAUUCAUUUGCCACAAUUAGCAAGAGUUGACCCAAGACUCGAGGCACAAAUUCUAAAGAUGGCAGACGUUGAUCCAGAGACACUCUUAGAGUGGCUUCAAAUGGGACAAGGAGAAGAGAGAGACAUGCAGCUCAUUGCCUUGGAGCAGCUUUGUAUGCUGCUAUUGAUGUCGGACAAUGUUGACAGAUGUUUUGAGAGUUGUCCUCCUCGGACGUUUCUGCCUGCUUUGUGCCGAAUUUUCCUCGAUGAAUGUGCUCCAGAUAAUGUCCUAGAAGUGACAGCUCGUGCUAUAACCUACUACCUGGAUGUCUCGGCUGAGUGCACCAGGAGAAUUGUGGCUGUUGAGGGUGCCAUAAAGGCCCUGUGCAACCGUCUGGUUGUUGCAGAGAUGUCUUCUCGCACAAGCAAAGAUCUUGCUGAACAGUGCAUAAAGGUUCUUGAGCUGAUUUGCACAAGGGAAUCUGGAGCUGUUUUUGAAGCUGGAGGUCUCAACUGUGUUCUCACCUUCAUACGAGAACAUGGCUCACAGGUACACAAGGAUACCCUGCACUCAUCCAUGACAGUUGUGUCCAGACUUUGUGGCAAGAUGGAGCCACAGGAUGCUGCUUUAGAAACUUGCAUAGAAUCUCUCUCCACAUUGCUCGACCAUGAUGAUUCCUUCGUGGCAGAUGGUGCAUUGCGUUGCUUUGCUUCACUUGCCGACCGCUACACGAGACGGUCCUUAGACCCAGCGCCCCUGGCCAGACACGGCCUGAUACAGGACCUGCUGUCGAGGCUCCAGAAGGUCGGAGAUGGGGCUCACAAUGUGUCCACGACCUCCACCCCAGGCAAGAGCACUGUGGGCGCAGACGGCAAGAGCAGCUCCAGCGUGUCCACGGUGAUCAGUCUGCUGUCCACUCUGUGUCGCGGCUCGCCUGGCAUCACACACGACCUGCUGAGGGCCAGUCUCCCCGAGGCUAUUGAGAGCGGGCUAAGAGGGGAUGAGCGUUGCUGUUUGGACACCAUGCGGUUCAUGGAUCUGCUCCUGGUGUUGCUGUUUGAAGGUAGACAGGCUCUUCCCAAGUCUGGCGUGACCACAAUUACGAGCCGCCCACACGGGCUACGACGAACAGACAGUUCUAGUGACAGAUCACACAGACAACUGAUUGACUGUAUCCGCAGUAAGGACACAGACGCCUUGAUCGACGCUGUUGACAAUGGCUUUGAAGUAAACUUCAUGGAUGAUGUCGGGCAGACUUUGCUGAACUGGGCAUCUGCUUUUGGAACUCAAGAAAUGGUUGAGUUUUUGUGUGAGCGAGGAGCUGAUGUAAACAGAGGCUUACGAUCAUCAUCUCUGCACUAUGCUGCAUGCUUUGGGCGACCACAGAUUGUGAAGACUCUGCUUCGCUAUGGGGCUAAUCCUGACUUGAGAGAUGAAGAUGCGAAGACACCUCUUGACAAAGCCAGGGAACGUGGUGAUGAAGGACACCGUGAGGUUAUUGCUAUCUUGCAGUCACCAGGUGAAUACAUGGUGCCUGUGAACAGAGACCACCCACUGGCUGCCUCUGGGGGUGCAUCAACCUCAUCAGCCUCCUCUUCCCCGGCCUCAGCCUCAGCCCCUGCCCCUAUGGAAACUGCAGAGAAGGUGAAGAAGGAGGAAGCAGCAGAGGGUGAGAAGAGCGAGGCCACUGAAAUCAAAGGGGACCCAGAGGUUGCUCCCAAAUAUGUACGCCAUCUCCUGCCAGUGUUUACUGAAGUGUUCCAUGUGACUAUGCUGGCCUCAGUCAGGAAAGCCAGUCUUUCACUUAUUAGGAAGAUGUUACAUUAUAUGGAGCCUGACUUACUUGGGGAAAUGACAGGGCCAGAGUUCCCUUCUCCAAACUUUGCCUCUUCCAUGACAGAGGUGCUGUCUAUUGUUCUCGAUGCUGAAGAGGAUGAUGAUGGUCAUGUGAUUGUCCUUCAAAUCAUGCAAGAUCUGAUGCUGAAGUGUCAAGAGAUUUUCUUGGAGCACUUUGCACGACUUGGGUUAUUCUCCCGUGUCUUGGCCCUAGCUGGGCCACCAUUGCAGGAGGAAGAGGGGGCAAAAGCAAAAGAAGACAAAGAGGAAGACGAGACCAACCUAGUAGAUGCCACAGAGAUAGUUGCUGGGCGGCCUUACCACUGGCGUGACUGGUACAUUGUGCGAGGUCGUGACUGCCUGUACCUGUGGAGUGAGGGGACUGCUCUGGAGCUGAGCAAUGGCAGCAAUGGCUGGUUCAGAUUUAUUCUGGACGGGAAGCUGGCAACUAUGUACUCCAGCGGAAGCCCAGAAGGGGGCUCUGAUAGCACUGGUAUUGUUGUUCCAGAAAAUCGUGGUGAGUUCCUUGAUAAACUCCAAAGGGCUAGGAGUCAGAUCAAAACAGGUUCUCCCAGCCUGCCUGUUCUCUCUAAGGCAAGCCCAGCUCGCCUCGUGGUGGGCAACUGGACCCUGUCCUGCAAGAAAGAUGGAGAGCUGCAAAUACAAAACACUGAUGGACAGCAGGCUACGAUUCUACGAGAGGAUCUCAUGGGCUUUGUGUUUGAAUCAAACCGAGGCACAAGACACUCAUUUACAGCUGAGACCACCCUUGGACAGGAAUUCUCUGUUGGCUGGGGUGGAAAGAAAAGUCGGAAACUCAAAUCUAAGAAUGCAAUGCGUGAUAAGGUUCGUAACACUGCCAGAGAACUGUAUGACGAGUACUUCAAGGCAGCAGAGGCCAAACCUCGGGGUGUUGUCUCCAAACUUUGUGCAAUAGUUCAGCAGCUGGAGUCUGCAUUUGCUCGACAGCUGAGCCAAAUCAAGCCUUCAGAUGAAGAAGUUUCGUGGUGCCAAGAAAUGAGAAGUGCCUUGGAGGAACUAGUUGUGCUGCUGAAAGAUGAGCACACCAUUUCCUCCUUUGAGCUGUACAACAGUGGAUUGGUACAGACGUUGCUGAGUAUUUUGAGUAGUUCUUCUGAUGAAUGCUCGUUGAAAGAAUCAAAGAAACAGAUGAGAGGACGAAUCAACAUCUUCAAGAGUGUGUUCCAUGAUCACGAGCGUGAGAAUUUCACAGACGAUGGAACUAUCAGUCCAGCGGUACAACUGACCAGAAAGCUCAUCUCUGCCCUGGAAGCCAUUGAGAAGCUGCCAGUGUAUUCUUAUGAUCUCACUGGUUCAGGCUAUGGCUUGCAGGUACCAUACAUCCUGACAAGAAGACUACGCCUGAGAUUAGAAAAAGCCCAGGGUGAAAACACUCUGAUUGACAGGACAGACAGAUGCCUCAAGAUUGAACCGUUGACCUCCGUAGCAGAUCUGGAACGCUACCUGCUCAAAAUGGUUGCAAAACAGUGGUAUGAUUUUGAUCGUCAAACCUUCACAUUUGUCAAAAAAUUGAAGGAGCCGGGAACUCGCAUUACAUUUGCUCAUCAGAACGACUUUGAUGAAAAUGGACUUUUGUAUUGGAUUGGCACAAAUGGAAAAACUUCCUAUGAAUGGGUGAAUCCUGGCCAGUACGGACUGGUGGUUGUGACGUCUUCUGAGGGCCGUAGUUUGCCGUAUGGGAAGCUGGAGGACAUCCUGAGCCGCGACAGUGCUGCUCUCAAUUGCCACACAAAUGAUGACAAGAAAGCUUGGUUUGCCAUUGACCUGGGAGUCUGGUUGAUUCCAUCAAGCUACACACUCAGACAUGCCAGGGGUUAUGGAAAGUCAGCCCUGCGUAAUUGGCACUUCCAGAUGUCCAAGGAUGGUGUCACCUGGCAGACUCUCUACUCCCAUGAAGGAGACACGUCACUCAACGAGCCGGGAUCAACAGCUUCGUGGCCUGUAGAUGCCCCGAGUGAGGAGAAGCAAGGCUGGAGACAUGUGCGUUUGCAUCAAACAGGGAAGAAUGCAAGUGGACAAACGCACUAUGUCUCACUGUCUGGCUUUGAGAUCUAUGGAACCGUCACGGGAGUCUGUGAUGAUAUUGGCAAAGCGGCCAGAGAAGCAGAGGCCAACCUGCGUCGUCAGCGGCGCGUGCUGCGUACCCACGUCCUGAAGCAGAUGAUGCCUGGGGCACGCGUGGUGCGCGGCAUGGACUGGAAAUGGCGGGACCAGGACGGAAAUCCUCCAGGAGAAGGGACUGUCACUGGGGAGUUGCACAAUGGUUGGGUUGACGUGAAGUGGGAUGCCGGUGGCUCGAAUUCGUAUCGUAUGGGUGCAGAGGGCAAGUUUGACCUGGCACUGGGGCCAUCUCACGACCCGGACAAGCUAAGGUUCGCCAAACCUGAAGCUGUUGCACCGCCGUCAUCCAGCAAGAAUAAGAAUGCUGUGGCUUCAGGUCUCACCCCUGCCUCUGAGAAAGUGAAGGUUGGCGUGCUGACCAGUCGAAAGAGUAGCUCCACCCCUAGCCUGAGUGAUGUCAUGGAUUCUCGUGCGUCAGUUGCAAGCACUGAUCAAGCUUCCUCAGCUGAGAACCUUACCUCUAGUAUUAAAGCAGCUGCUGAAAAUGUGGCGGAGAGUGUCGUGAACCUGGCAAGUUCAGAGGCCAUCGUCAUGGUGAUGGUGGACAACGCUGACGAGGAAGUGACCACUCCGAGUGGGUCUACCCAGGCCAUCAGCACCUUGGGAGGUGGAGCCACUGGCGGAGUAGAGUUGGCGGCCAUCCCUGGACCGAGCGGCCUAGGGGCCACCUCGCUGAGUGGGGCCAUCUCCACCUCUGUGUCGGCCACACCAGUCUCCAGCACCAGCACCAGCAGCAGCAGCAACGCGGGUCUAACGGGCCUGGCAGGCAGCAGUGAGCCCAUGGUGGUGGUGCACCGCGGCAAGGAGGAUGUGGGACUGGGAGACUAUGGGGGCCUCGACAACCUUGCCUCGGACCUGGCUCUGGGCCUGGAUGUGGGCUCCUUGACGGAGACCCUUAGGGGUGCCGAAGGAGGAGUCAAGGAGCAUGUGCAGAACCUGCAGAACACGCGGGACUCGCGGGACAAAGCGGCCAAGAGUGAGGCCAGGAAGGCCACCAGCAGCUCGGAGGACAGCACCCGGGGCUCCCCCACCAACUCCAUGAGUGCCAGCGAGCCCAACCUGCCCACCAGCCUAGUGGACCCCACUGCCAGCCUGCUUGACUCCUUCGCGGCCGUGGCACGCCGCAACAUUACCGCCCCUCAUGGCAGUAAUGCUGUCCGCAACACACAUGCCAACAGUCUAGUACGACUGGCCUUAGCUAACUCUCCAAACAACUUGUUGAGUGCUGCCCAGAGUUACCCUAGUCUAACAGCCUCCAAUGUGCCUACCUCCAGUACCCUCACCACUACCCAGACAAUGGUCAAUGUGAUGUCUCUGAGUCAGUUGUUUCGCCUGCAGGCCUUGACCAGGAGUGUAACGUCCACAUCUAGCGAAAGCGACAACGAAUUCUUGGAGACCUACAGGGCCCACACCCUCCUGGCCGACCUCGAGGAUGAUGAGGAGCUCCCUGAGCCUGAUGACGAUGACGAUGAAAAUGAGGAUGAAAACGAAGAUGAUGAGGACUACGAUGACGUCAUGGAAGAUGAGGAGCUGGAGCCCAGGGACAGAAGAACUUGGGACGAUGAGUUUGUGUUGAAGCGACAAUUUUCAGCUCUCAUUCCGGCCUUUGAUCCUCGCCCAGGACGGACGAAUGUCAACCAGACUCAGGACUUUGACAUUCCUGCUCCCGGCACAGAGGAAACUGCAAGCAGUGAGAGUCAGGCCUUGGUGGCUCAGCCCAAACUUUGCCUCACCGUCAAAGCCCCUUGCUUGCCAGGCAUGAGCGAUGAAGAUGUUGUCCUCAACAGUAGCAGAGCCUGCAUAUUCAAAUUCAUCCAAGAGCUCUUAGGUAAAGGUGCUGUCACAGGCCGGACGGAGAGGAUGAAAAGGAUUUGGGAGCCGACAUACACGGUGCAGUACAGAGAAGCCAAGGAAGAGGAAGUCUCGGAGAAGGAAUGUGGCGGCUCUGUUACUAAGUCUUUGAUGGGUGUGGCCUCCCUGGCUGACCUUGACAUUGCCCGUUGCUCUGAGGCCUCUGGCUGCUCUGUAGACAGUGUGCUGCAGCUGCUGCAGAGGCUUUAUUCCAUCAUGGAACAGUCCAGUCCAUCCAGUAAAAAUGAUUGUGAUGAAAUUCACUUAAACAUUCCAGCUGAUGAGUUUGUCAGCAAGAAGAUAACCAAUAAAAUCACUCAACAAAUACAGGAUCCCCUGGUGCUAGCAAGUGGAGCUCUACCUGACUGGUGUGAGCACCUGACCCGAUGGUGUCCCAUGUUGUUCCCAUUUGAGACAAGGCAGCUCUACUUCACUUGCACUGCCUUUGGCACCUCAAGAUCUAUAGUCUGGCUUCAGAAUAAACGUGAUGCCAACCUAGAGAGAAACAGAGGGCCAACCCCAAGACGUGAUGACAGCCAUGAUUUCCGAGUGGGACGUUUGAAGCAUGAGAGGGUGGUGGUCCCUCGAAAUGAGAACCUUUUAGACUGGGCCAUGCAAGUGAUGAAACACCACUGCGCUCGUAAAGCUGUUCUUGAGAUUGAGUUCAAGGGUGAGGAAGGCACAGGUCUGGGCCCUACCCUCGAGUUUUAUGCUCUAGUUGCUGCCGAAAUGCAGAAAAAAGCUCAUGGACUCUGGUUAUGUGAUGAUGAUCAUGUGGACCAUAUAGAACGUGAGGUGGAUAUAGGCCACGGUACUAAACCACCCGGAUAUUAUGUACAGCGAUCUGCUGGUUUGUUCCCCGCCCCUUUCCCACAAGACAGCCUGGAGCUUGAGAGGUUGGAGAAAAUCUUCCACUUCAUGGGCAUCCUGUUGGCUAAGUGCCUCCAAGACGGCCGUCUGAUCGACAUGCCUCUGUCCCGCCCAUUCCUCAAGCUCAUGUGUAUGGGCGAGGUCGGACACAGCCUGUCCCAGCAGUUUGGCGAUGCCACCCGCACCCCGAGCACGCUGGGAGAGUCGUGGCACAGUGAGAGCUCGGACCUCAUUGCCAGCAUCGAGGAGGUGGAGAAGGAGAUGAAACUCGACAGUGAUAGAAGACAGCUGCUGAAACCAUCCCAGCCAUGGUUCUCUGGCAUUCUGUCGGAAGAAGAUUUUGAACUAGUCAACCCCCAUCGUGCAGUAUUCCUGCGCCAGCUGCGGGAUCUCGCCACUCGCAAGCAGCGCAUCCUGAAGGACCGGACUCUAUCGGACGACCAGAAGAACGUCCAGCUGGCCGAGCUGGCUUUGCCCAACCCAGGGGACCCCAACUCUGCCAUCAGGCUGGAGGAUUUGGGAUUAACCUUUGAGUUUGACCCAUCGUCCCGAGUGCACAAGUUCCACGCUCACCACCUGAAGGCUGGGGGCGGCAUGGAGGAGGUCACCAUGGACAAUGUGGAGGAGUACAUCGAUCUGGUCAUGGACUUUUGCUUUGUCUCUGGUAUCAGAAGACAGAUGGAGGCUUUCAGAAGUGGCUUCAACCAGGUUUUCCCCAUGGCCAAGCUUCACUCGUUCAGCCCCAUGGAGCUGGGCAGCAUCCUGUGUGGGGACCAGGCCCCCAGCUGGACACAGGAAGACAUCCUGAACUACACAGAGCCCAAGCUGGGCUACACACGUGAGAGCCCUGGCUUUGUGCGCUUUGUGAACGUGCUCACCCACCUGUCCCCUGACGAGCGCAAAGCGUUCCUGCAGUUCACCACGGGAUGCUCGUCCUUACCACCUGGCGGCCUGGCCAACCUGCAUCCUCGACUCACCGUGGUCAGAAAGGUGGAUGGUAGUGAUGGCAGUUUCCCGUCGGUGAACACAUGUGUGCAUUACCUCAAACUGCCGGAGUACUCGUCUGAGGAAAUCCUGAGGGAACGCUUGCUGGCCGCCACCAGGGAGAAAGGCUUCCACCUUAACUAAGUUGCCUUUGUUGGCCUCCGUCCUUCCAUGGCUUGGGUUUGCAUCCUGACCGUGGACUCUACUGCAGAAACUUGUCAAAUUGAAACAUUUAUUCAUUUAUUUCAUGUCUUUUUCUUUUCCCCGUUCUUUUAAGUUUCUCUUUAGUGUUGUCAGUUUAUACCUAUUAACUGUAUGUAUGACCGUGAGUUUCUUUCUUUUUUUCCCUUUCUUUUAAAUUACAGUAUCAUUUUCAAGUCUUUUUACCCAGUCUAACAUUUUGUUAAAUUUUUCUUUUAAGAUGUGCCCAAUGAUAUUGAACCAGGUGAUUUCUUGGCUGUAUAUUUUAAGUUUGCUAAUAUUAAAGCUGUCAAGUAGCCCAGCAGUGGUGGCGAAAGUGGAGCUUUAUUUGCUGCUAAGUAUAUUCUAUUUUACUGCCUUUGAGCAGUGUUCAAGAGCUUUCAUUACAACAGCUGGUGACCCACUUUUGGUUUAUGAUUUAUUCUGCUGUCAGCAAAAUCUUUUCCGUGUGUAGCCUGGGUAUGUCUUGAGUAUUUUUUAACUGAGUUUUAAAAAAAUGCACUUUUAAGAGGGGAAAAGUGAAAUGUUAUAUAGUAGUUUGUGCUGUAGAAUUGCUUGGGUGUGUUUUUAAGAAACUGUUAGAAUGAAAAUUUGUCUUUCUUUUUGUGUAUAUCAGACACUUGUGAGAAUAGUUAUGGACUUAUUUGGUGACUUAAUAUGUUUCUCACAGUGUGAUGAAUAAUUUCCAUGAGUUCAUUUCUCUUUAACUUUUUGUUUUGAAUCUGGAAAAUUAUAUUAAAGAACAAAAGAUCCAUCCAUCAUUAUUGCUUUCAUUUUUAGAUGAAUUCAACAAUUUUUUAAAGAAUAUUUUCUGGCCGAAAUUCUGUAAGACUUGUAGAAAAAUGCAAAAUUUAGAUGAAAGGAACUUGUUAUACAACAGUCUAAUUGAAGCCUAGAUUUCACCGUUGGCCUGUAACUUGUGAUCUUUAAAUUUUGACUGUUUUAUCAUUUCAUAGCUGCAUCUUUAUGUAGUCUGAACUCUUGCGUCUUCAUGCCCAAGUUGUUAAUAUUUGCUGACUGGCAGUGGCUUGAUGAAUGCUUUCAGUAGACUCACUGAGUGUCCACAGUUUUUGACAAAAUGACAUGUAGUUUGUUUGGUAGCCUCCAUCUUUUAUUGUUUGUUUGUUCACAUCGGUUGACUGCAAUGGUUCGUCUUUGCGAUGUCUCAUCAAACUUCAAACCAUUUUGAAUGAUGGUUGGAAUAUCUUUCUUUUUUUUUUUUGUGGGUGUUUAGUAGUUCUAGUAAAUGCUAAUUUGUAAUUUCUUUUCGUCAUCGUGUAGUUUUGUGAAGUUGAGUCUUUUCAGCUUCGUUGAAACAGUAACUCUGUCAUUAUUUGGUAUGAAAUCUGAUAAAAAAAGAGUUGUUGUAGUCAGGAAAUGUUACUGCUAUUUGUAUGAAAGAAAAAAGUGCUUUAUAUUUGGUAUAUAUUUCUAUAAAAGUCCUUUUUUUUGUAGUCUCCAGAGUUUGAUUUUGACCCCACUAACCACCAGAGUACAAUACAAAGUAAGGUUUUUAUUUGUCUGGCAUACUUGGAUGUCAUUGUAAACACCCUUGCAUGUGGCCUUAGACCAUGUCCAUACUUUGUGGCAAUACAGUUACUGAGAAAUUAAAAGUAGAUGAUGAUGUAUUAAACAAUAUUAACCAGUGGAAGCGAACUGUGAAUAAUCAUGUACAUAAAUGAAAUUGAAGGGAGCAUUGUAGUAAGUUCAUGCCUCUUUGCUUGUGUUGUAUAUAGUUCCCAUAUAGUGAGUGCCCCGAAAACCCAGUGUGUUGUGUGUUAAGCAGAACAUUUACAUAGGAAGACUGAAGGACAGUUGCUACUUUGGAGAUUAUUGAAAAUCUCCCCCCAUAUAUCCCGUUGUCCUAACUGUGCAGCCUUUUUUUUCCUUCUUUGUAACCAGUGUAGUUAACAUGGGGAACAGGACUGAAGUUCUUGUAAUGUUGUAGUUCUAGCAAGUGUAAGUCUUGUUUUGUAAGAUCAGAGCAUCAUAGUGUACAAAGUUUUAAAGACAGUUUUUAAAAAUCCAGUUCAAAUUAGUCAGAUGGCCCGUUAGAUGUAGCUUUUGUAUUCUAACAUUUUUAUAAGUAUUUGAUAACUUCAAGAUAUUGAAAGGCAUUCCUAAUAAUGGGUUGAAAGGCAUUUCUUUUUAAAAAAGCAUUUUAUUAAAAAUCUUUUUCUCAAAUGCAACCGUUUCAAAGUAGAAGCUUAGAUUUAAUGUGUUGGGUUGAUUUUUCGCAACCAUUUUACAAGAAUUGUGGGAUAAGUCUGGCAUUAGCCCUAGCUAGUCCUUCAUACAUAAGAGCUGGAGAUCACAAAGUCACUUCUGUGGCACAUGCUUGUAAUGAGUAGAGACAUCACACUGUACUACCAUCCUUUGUUGCUUAAGUCACCAAUUUUUAUUCAGCUAUCAACUGCAACUGAUAAUGUGUCCAUAGAUACUCAAACAUAAGCGAGCACAUGCACCCAUACACAUAUAAACAAAACAUAUUCUCACUCUUAGUCUGGAGUACUUUCUCACAUUUGCGUGAACGCAGCACGCAUACACGUUUUGAUGUUUUUGGAAGACAAACUGCUGUGUGAUUGGUUCCAUGAGCUUUGAACGUGACGAUAUUGGCACACUGCCCUUGUGUUUUAACAAGCGUUAUUCUUACGUUCUUUCGGCUUUUUUUUUUUUUUGGUGGUUGCAGAUUUGAACUCCCGUAACAGUGUAUUUGAAUCCAACUGGAAAUUUGUUCCUUUCAUAUUGUUGUGUUGACAUUUUACGUGGCUCACAUAAAUGCUGAUAGAUAGAUCGUGAUGACAAAGUGUACCCAUUAGCUUGUGGCAAAGAUUCUCCAGGUCUUGUUCAUCUGGCACAAGAGCACAUUCUGUCCUUCCUAGCAUUAUACUGGCCGUGAUAAAUGUACAUGUAUUUUUGUUUGUAUAUGGUCUGCAAAGCAAACUUAAAAAUAAAAUUAACAUCAAAUAUG